ACGCAUAAGGGUCGAAGAUGCACCAAACCGUCCCCACAUGUGCCAUACAGCAUGGUUUAUACAGUUGGACGGCGUGUUAUAUGCGGUAGCUGUCCGAUGCCGGUGCGCCGGCGUUGCGCGAAGGGGGAACAACAUCUGGCCAAUUACCGACUGAUUUCAAGUCUAGCUUCGACUGCACUGCUUAGAGCAAGUGAAAGCACUUGCAAUCGCAGUUGCAAUCAAAGCACGAUCGAAGGAGUCUGCUGUGUCCUGGCGGCUCGAUUUAUAGUAGAUCUACAUCCUCAAGGGCUGCACAAGACCGUGACAACCGUCUAACACCGAUCGACAAAAAAUGGAGAAAAUUCAGCUGGGAUUCAUCCUGUUACUUGCUUUUUUGUGUGCCGGGGUAACGCAAACGACAACUCCUGAUAAUUCAGGAGGUCAUUGUCCACAUGACUACGCAAGAUACAACCCAAACAUUCCGACUCCAGGAUGCGGAGGCGAAUGUGAGGGAGACCAAGACUGCAGCGACGGGGAGAUAUGCUGCGUCAAAACGUCUCAAUCGGAAUACCAGUGCCCUGUAUGCAGGCAACCUGAAUACGGCAAGGGAUGUGACACCCGCUUCGGUGAAUACUAUUACGACGGCGAAAUUUUCAAUAGUUACAAUCCGUACUACUACUAUGGCUGUACAAUAUGUCAGUGCAUCAAUGGAGAAGUCAACUGCUUCAAUACCUGUGACGAAGAUAGAUUUGCACUCAGGGAAUGGAUCGUGCCUAGUAUCACUGCAGCCGUCGCUCUGUUGGUCGUUCUGAUUGUCUCUCUGGUGGUGUGCUGCUGUGUGAAGUGCUGCUGCAAGACCGGUCACAGGACUGUGUACCAUGGAGUUGGAACACCGGUUCAACGGCCUAAUAACUACCAGACAUGCCCACCUUACAUGCCUAAUGCUGGAGAAAGGGAACCACUCGUCAAUCCUCAAGUCGCUUAGACAGUGUCUCAAGAUCUCCAGCUUCAUACAUUUUCUGUCUGGGAGGUCACAGACCAUUUUUGUUGUGGCGUGCCUGUUUGAAAAGCAAAUGUCAGAGAUCUGUCUCCUGUUUUUUUACUCGAUUUAUAAAUGAAUUUGUUAUACCUCUGUCUUGAAUACUGUAUUUUCAUUGGCCUAGAAUGAUUACGCGUUUAGUUUAUAAAAAAAGUCAAAUCACACUCGCUGUGGGAUAUCACGACCGUGAUAUCUCAUAGGGAGUGUGCUAUGACUUUGUGCGUAGGCCUACACGUAAAAGGCAGCGAACUUGCAGACUAUCAGCUGUUUCGAGCACGCGACAUGCGUGUGAGUUGACGUCGCCAGUGUCAUGAUUGUUGUGUUUAUUGCUGUUUAUUUUCGUGAUUUUUACAUCAAAAUCCAAGACAUAGGUAUAACAAACAAUUGUUGUCUGGUGUGAUAUAGGAUAUGACGUUUUGAGCACCCUCGGGGCGCUUAGCACCCUCGGCUGCACCUCGGGUGCUAUGCGCCCCGAGGGUGUUCAAAACGUCAAAUCCCGGCCCACAUCACACCAAUCAACAAUUGUUAAAUACAUGUAGAACAAUAGAGGCUUUGUAAAGAGGCUCAACUUUCUAUGUAAGUUGGAUUUCAAUUUCUUAAUCUAUGUACAUUGUACUUGCUUGAUGACAUUUACAAAUCGUAAAGAAGCUAGGGCAAUUAAAAAGUUUUCUAGAUAAUGUGCAUGUA